AUGGCCGGCUAUCCAGGCUAUCCCGGCUACGGUGGCUUUCGCCCUGAUCUUCACGGCCCGUACGGUGGCCGUAAGGGCAACGGCAUGGCGCAGCAAGACGACCUUUUCGCCCAUCGCCGUGCAAGAUCCGACGACAUCUACGACCGUAACUUCGACCACUACGCCACUGGUCGUCGUGCACCACAGCAAGACUCCCGCAGACCGCCCCUCAUCACAAUCAAUCGUCCAGAGGAAGAUCUUCGGCGUUCCAUGUCUCCAUUGGAGCGCACAGGCCGCUAUGGCGGCUUUGCUCGAUUGUCAGCGUCGCCACCACCAAGAGCUAGCAGGCACAGAGUCGAUAGGUUCGGUGAUCGUUUUGGUGGCCUUGGGCUACCAGGUGGUGGCUUCAGAGAUGAGAGACUGUCGAUGGAUCCGCCAGGCCCACGCAAUCCGUUCGAGCGUCGCACACAACAAGGUCGCUUUGAUCCGUAUGGAGGUUUCGAACAACCGCGUAAUCCGUUCGCUCCGGGCGGCUGUCGCUACGACAAUUUGUUUCGCCCAGAUCAUGGCGUGGGUGGAGGACGUGAGUUCCCGCAGCAGGAGCACCAACAGCGUGAGUUCUAUCGCGGCAUGGUCGGUGAGCCGUGGGGUCUAGCAUCGUGGAACAAAUAUGAAGAGGCGCGUCGCCGUCGUGGGCUAUAA